CGACAGUACGUGGCCUUCUACGAGUUGUACGUUUGUCGCAAGCUACUCGCGUCAGCGGCGGCGGCAGAUGCAUCCUGCUCAAGUGGGCAAGUCAGUUUGCAGGAGAAUAUCUUUCUUACCAACACGACCGACCCUACAGCCGUGGGUUCGGGGCAGGUGGAUCAAGAUCUCGUCGUUAUCAAUACGCUUGCCUCGGAGCUGGAUGAACUGUUUGAUUGUCUUACGAUCAGUGCACAGUCGUCACGUGCAAAGCUCACAGCAAUGUUGGCGGAUUCCGUCAAGGGCCGAACUGUAGGAGUGGCUGCCCAGAACUCCAGCAACAGCAGCAGUAGAGUGGUGCAUUCUGUAGGACAUCAGGAAUACGAAAUAGCUCAAUUGCUACGAGGGAAUGAAAAGUUGUGCCGUGUGGCCCGUAUACCUAUCGGUGAAUCGUUGAGGAACGCUCUCAAGCUGGCGUGCAAUGUACUGACCGAGAUGUCGUCCUUUCCGAGCUAUCGCAACGAGUGCAGUGGAACCGAUCGAAUGGAAGAAGUGCCCGGUUGGCUAAAGGCACUAACCGUUCUGACCGUUUUCGUGAGCGAUCUCGACACCCAACUUUCUGCCGCCCAAACCCUGAUCGACAUGAUUGGUUUACUGCGCACUAAUGGGCGUAAGUCCUCGAAGGAGUCUGGAUCGGGUAAAACCAUCGUAUUGAUGAUGCCGCUGUUGAAACUGUCACAUGUGAACUGUUUGGAGCGACGCACGAAAGUGUUCCAGGUGCUGACGACCAUGCUGUGGGGUUAUCUGGAUGCAGCACGACCCGAAGCGAGAACCAUUAGUCAACUGCUCUACCGAUUGCACAACUGCCUGGACAGUCGCUUUACGGAAAGUGUCAUUAUCGAUCGGUUACUGGUACCACAGAACCUUUUCGAUGACGACGAUGAUGCCGACAGCCAUUACCGGGAGAUUUUGGAGCGAAAAUCUGAUCGUGCUAAACGCCCGACCGCAUUGCAGGGCCUGUGGCAGAUACCGACGUUGGCCAAAACGGAGCUCAAAAUCGAUUCGGAUGGUUUUCGCAAGUUUCAACUUCUGUGGAAGCUCGGUCGUGAUACGUAUCACGGGAACGAGUUCGAGAAGCUGUUGUACCUAGUACUGGACUCGCUUACCCUGCCAAGAAACGUUUCGAUACAAGUGAAAACGUCCAACUGGCUUCGCGAGGCACUGGUGCGUGGUGAUAUAGGACGCAUUUUGAAAUUGUUGCUGAAGACGCUACUCAAUGAGAGCACCAAACGGUUAAGCAUUUUCUGUCCCAAGCGAUUACGAGGCGUUGGGCUGGAGCAGGAUGAUGCUGGUGGCGGGGGUGGGAUGAGCGAAUGGGAAAAGGAGUUGCUAGCCGAUGCAGAUGUGCAAUUGAAUCAGGCGUGCUUUGCAGUCAGCUCAGAAGAUGGCCAGAUCCGGUAUCACAUGGAUCCGGCGGCAGGGCUAGGCAAGAAACGUAGUCCGAUUCGAUCGAUACAGAAAAAAAUAUUCGGAGUGUCCAUCGGUGGCAGCAACAGUAGCAGCAGUGGCGGUAGUGGAAGCUCUAAAGGCAGCAGCAACAGCACGGGUCUUGGUGCUGGAAACAAUGGAUCUGCUAGUAGCAGUAGUACUCAACUCAUCGUAUCGAACUACGUUACCACCGAGACCACGGGCAAGAAAGGAUCGUCCGCAUCGUCAAUUGCCACUGCCACGACUGGCGGAACAGUUGGUACCGUCGACGAUGGGGGACAGUAUGGCAAGAUUUCUGUGAUCAUAAAUCCCCUCGAAUCGGAACAGUUGGCCAUCGCGAAAGGAACCAGUGCUAUGCGCAAUCGUUCCAAUUCGAUGGGCCUGUUAGCAGCAACCGCAGAUGCGGACAGUGGCAUUUCGGAGCCAAAUUCACUAGCCACGGGGUCGACGAGCGUUGCGUCGCAGCUGAAGAAAGAUUUUCAUCGAUCAACGUCAGACUUAGACGAUGGCAAUGAUAGUGAAACGGAUCAGCACCACCACCUUCGUCGAUCACAGUUCGUUGGUGGUCAUGGAUCUCGACUGCGGAAUGGUCGAUUGCGUGGUAAUGUGGGGGGAUAUGACAAUGAACCGAUUAAGCGCUACGUCGAGGACGGUCCCAUUGUGGAUUUUAUCAGCAAGUCAAGCGAUCGUUUUCGGAACCGCAAAACUUAUCUUAUUUCCUCGGGCAACUCGGUGGGCUCCGGAACGCUAGGUGAUGAUUCGCUGCUGUCGGGUUCAUCGUACACACUGACCAAUGGAAUUCCCGCAUCACUGAAUAGUACGACAACGAUGGAUGAAAUCACGAAUGACGAUGGUAGUAUAACGAUGACCGCUACAACCACCACUACUGCAGUAACGGCAGAUAAUUCAAACAAAGCCUCAAUCGGUGGUGAAGGCGGAGAAGUGGCCGAAGUGGGAGAUGCAAAUGUAGAAACUGACAAUUCCCCCGUUCCACGGAUCUCGUUUACCAGAAUCAAGAGUUGGCGCAACGGAAACAAACUCUAUCCAUUCCACACGCACUUUCUCGUCUAUGAAUCAGUGUUCAACACGAAGCAGAUCCUCUAUACAAUUGAAACGCUACGUAACAUUCUGACUAACGAUGCUCGCUUCUUCCUCUGUCUCUCGGUGACUACGUCGGUUUCAAGUGGUCAGAUCAAAUCGUUACUGCUGCGUCAUCGGCGCAAUGUGUUUGGAAAGGGAUUCACGGAGGCACGCGAUGAUUCCGAGCACCAGCAUCUUUAUCGCGGGUGUAUGUACUUGGAGGUGAUCUUAACGGUGCUGCUGUACUAUACGCGGAGCUAUCAAACGGACUGUAAGGAUGGCAAGGGGCAAAUGCCAUCGCGCGACGAUUUCAACACGAAUGCAAAGAUUCAGCUAGAAUGUAUUGAGCUAAUGACGACCAUCUUCAGCGAGCUGCUGGCGGUACUGAAGGACGUCGGCAAGAAUCUGGCCAACUAUGUGGCCGAUCUGUUGGAAAAGUGUAAGGUGCAGAAGAUCGUCAUGUACUGUUUGGCCUCCUCGGUGAACUACUUUUCGGCUCCGGGAGGAUUCACUUGUUACGCCGAUGAAGUACUACGCUACAGUGAUCCUGAAAGUACGCGACAGAACGCGGAAGCAUAUCAGAUCGAACUGCUGCGUCUGCUGCUGGCAGUCGUGAAGCUGGAACACGAGAUUGCUCAACAGCGAGCGGACGAUAAGAGUGAAGGACCGAAGAGCAGUAGUGGCAGUGGUGUUGGUAGUGCUAGCGCUGGAGCAGCCGCUAGUAGCAGCAGUUCACCGACAAAGGUGGCACCGGAAACGAAGCGGACGUAUCGGUACAUCCCGAAUCAACUGAUCGCUCAGCAACCGAUGUUCCUGUCGACCAUUCUAUCUGCCCUUGCCUGCGAACGGUUGCAGCAUGUGCACAAGAACUGGACCGACAUGGUAACCGCUUGCUUGACUUGUUUGCCACCGAGCAGCUUAACGAACAUCGUGAUCAGUGUGAUCCAUCAGUUGUGCAGCAACCUUGAUCGCGUGACUAAACGCGAACGUAUCCUAGUGCAAUCGAUCGAUUACAUUGUCUCGCAGUUGGAAGCCAUCACUGUGCUUGCCCACUACUGUCUGCUGGACAGUUCGCAACAGCUUUCAUUGGCCAGCAUGUUCAAUGCUUCCUCUGCCAACGGCGUUGGAUUGGCUUCCUCGGGGAACCAGUCUGGACAGAUCAUCAACAACAUCGUGAACGUGUUUCUGUCCUACUCCUCAUCGCUACUUAGUGGCGGCAUUAACCAACAGGUAAAGAAGGGUCAUCAGGAGGUAGCCAAGACGGCCAUUCUAAGCCACCUGCCACGGAUCAUUAUUACGAUUGCCACACUGUGGGAGACGAGUAUAAGCGACUUCCGGCGUGUAAAGCAUCAGCUACUCGAGUUCCUCAGUCCUAUAUCAAUGCACUAUGGGACGAACUUUCUGACAGCGAUCGCCGUGGCAUGGUUUGAGCGAAGCACUCCCGCCGGAGGCCUCGAAGCAGCGUCCUCGAGUAGCGGGGGCGGCGAGAGUUCUGAUAUGGAUUUCUUCGACAUAAUGGCCAAGGCGUUACCACAGGCGAGUGAGAAUCAGCUGCUGCUCGUGAAGCUUAUCACGGGCAUUCGAAUCAUGUCGGUCGAUUCGUUCAUUCAGACGAUGCAUCAGGUCAUCAAGAGCCCUCCGCCGAUCUAUCAGCCACCAUUUGGUUUGAAUCUGGAAGUAAGCGCUCUGGAACUGCUCUACUUCUUCCUCAUCUCGGGCGUCUCACCUGCACAAUAUACCGACUGUUGGAGUUCGCUGUACGCGCUGCUGAAGGACUGUUUGACUCUGCAAAUAACGGCCCAGUUUGUGGCACUUUCGAUCCUGAAUGAGUUCGUUCAACGCUGCCCUACGAUGCCGUUUUCCGAUAAGAAGGAUUUGCGCGAUCUACACGACGUCACUUCACGGUUGGUGGAAGCGGUUUCAAAUGUAGCCGGCUCAUGUCUUGAGCAGACGACCUGGUUGCGCCGAAAUUUGUCGGUAAAGGAAGAGUUUAGUUCCAUAGAAAGCACCGGUAAAGAUGGGCUGCUAAUGCCGUCCAGCCAGCACUACUCGAUACAGGCCCAAUCCAUCCUAGCCGCUAUUCUGGCCACGUUGCUCGACGUGGCAUUCAGUUCACAGGAGAAGGAUAAAGUCACGACGAUAGUUACCGGCGUCAUGUACAACAUUGUGCCUUACCUCAAAACGCACACUGCAAAAAAUGUUCCGACCUUUCACGCCUGUUCCAAACUGUUGGCCAGCCUUAGUACUUAUCAGUACAUUCGGAAAGCGUGGCGUAAAGAUGCACUAGACCUUCUACUGGACCCAGCCUUCUUCCAAAUGGACAGCCGUUGUAUGCCGUACUGGAAAACUAUUCUCGAUAGUUUGAUGACCUGUGAUAAUACCACUUUUAGAGAUCUAAUGAAUCGUUUACCAAUGGCGCAAACAGGAUCACUCAAUAUAUUCACUUCUAAGGAGCAAGAAUAUGAGCAGCGAGCCUUGCUAUUGAAGCGGUUAGCAUUUGUAAUUUUCUGCAGUGAAGUUGACCAAUACCACAAGUACAUGCCAGAAAUUCAAGAACAACUUGCAAACAGUUUGAGGUUGCCACAGGUUGUUCCACUAAUACAAUCGGCGGUGUUUCUGUGCUUCCGGGUGCUGUUGUUGCGCAUGUCGGCGGAUCAUGUCACCAGUCUAUGGCCGAUCAUCAUCGCCGAGAUGGUGCAAGUGUUUUUGUCGCUCGAACAAGAACUGAUGACCGAUACGGAGGAGUUCAGGUCCCAAUCAAGCCAACACAUAAGGAUGUUAUCGGGAUUGGACACGGCCUGGGUUACAAACACGAGCAACGGUUUGUAUUCGUACGGACAUCCACACUGGAGAAUGGUACAGCUGGAAACGGCGAAACUACUGGAGCUAGGUUGUGUACUUCCGGCCACCAUUUUACCACACUUUCAAAUGUAUCGUUGGGCAUUUGUAAGCAGCCAAAAUGAAAACUUCCACAAGUGCGGCGGAUAUGACGAAAAAACGGUGGCUUUCAUUCCUCACGUUUCCCGAAUAUCGCAGCUCAUGGACUUGCGCUACACAUCUCAUUCGCCUAAGACGCAAACGACGAAAGGGAGCCACAUAAUGCUUACUUGCCAGUCCAUCAACACGCUGCAGGAUCUGUACGGCUUUUUCUCUACGCUCUCGAUGCGCUGGCCGUCGCACAUCUCCUACAGUGACACUGAAAAGGACACCAAACAAUGUCUCGAAGAAGUGGAACACGUGCUCGCUCUAGAUUUCCUCGAGAAGAUCCCACUGGCUAAGUAAGGGACGGUGUGAAGGGAAAUAUGGCCCGCGAGCGGUCCCGGACAUCCAUGAUAUGCAAUAUCCAACAAUCCAUGAUCAAUCUCGUGAUUUUUUCAGUAUUUUCUAUUCACUAAAUUACGAAAUGCAGAAGCGGGUUUGCGGGCGUGUGUGAGAUUUUUGGUGUAUAAAUAAUAUUCGUUUUGUUUGAUUCUCCUUCCGCUCAUUGCGACUCUCAGCACUGUGCUACACUACCACACUUUAUCCAUAUAAUUGUAGUCAAUUUGACAAAAAACCGACGAAUUCUACGGAAGCGCAGACUUCUCUUACUGUAAAUGUUUAAGUUGUUAACCCCGAUCACUGGUGGCGUCGAGUGAGUCAUCGUAGUCAAUGGACGAGUUUCACAAUCGCGCCGUUUAUGUUUUGUGUGUUGAGUGUUAUUUGAAGAUAUUGGAACAAUUACUUGACCUGUAUUGAUGUGCUGUAACGAAUCGGGUGUAAAAUUUAUUCUAGAUGUUUUAAGUGUAAUGGACGCAGAUGUUCUCGAUUGAAAGGGAUGAGGCCAGAGCCGGAGUGUGAUGCUAGUAUAAGUAGAAACGGGUUAGGAAGUGUGGCGAAAUCGCAACAAGAAUGUUAUCCUAAUUUAUCAAGCUCGAAGAUUAUGAAUGAUCAAUAAAUAAUGUUUGAAAUAUUUUUUUAUCAC